UUGGCCCCACCAACCAGAGAGAGAGGCCAGAGGGCCCCGCACCUCGCCUCUUCCCCCACCCCAACCCCCACUUGCCAAUAAUAAUAAUAGUAGUAAUAAUAAGCGUCCCCGCCGUCCACCAUGCUGGCCGUGGCGCUGCUGCUCGCCGCGGCGCUCACCACCGGCGUCUCCGGCCAGGGCCGCCCGGUCACCGACAGCGGCGCGCAGACGGCGCCCACGCCGUCCACCUUCACCCCCAAGGACAACUUCCUCAUCGACUGCGGCGGCGCGGCCCCCGUCAACACCACCGACGGCAGGGUCUACAAGUCCGACGCGCAGUCCAACAACCUGCUCUCCGCCAAGGACGCCAUCCGGGUCGCCGCCGCCGACGACAAGGCCGACGUGCCCUCGCCGGUCUACCUCACCGCCCGCAUCUUCCGCGAUGAGGCCGUCUACAGCUUCCCGCUCACCGUGCCGGGCUGGCAUUUCGUUCGCCUCUACCUCUUCCCGCUCAAGAACGCCGACUUCGACCUCGCCACCGCCACCUUCACCGUCUCCACCGACGCCAACGUGCUCCUCCAUAGCUUCACCGCCGAGAACAAGCCGGUCAUGAAGGAGUUCCUCGUUAACGCGACCGAGAAGCACCUCGCCAUCAAGUUUAUCCCGCUCAAGGACUCCGCCGCCUUCAUCAACGCCAUCGACGUGGUGAACGCUCCCGACGAGCUCAUCACCGACACGGCCAUGGGGCUUGCGCCGAUCGGCGAGAUGGGGGGGCUCGCCGAGGCGGCGUACCAGGUCGUGUACCGGAUCAACGUCGGCGGCCCGGCCAUCGCGCCCGACAAGGACACGCUCGGCCGGCAGUGGGACGUGGACGCGCCGUACGUGCAGUCCAAGGAGGCGGUGAAGGACGUGUCGGUGCCGGUGGGGAACAUCAACUUCCCCGACGGGACGUCGAAGCUGGUGGCGCCGGCGCAGGUGUACGCGAGCUGCGCCAAGAUGGCGGACGCCGACGUGGGGAGCCCCACCUUCAACAUGUCGUGGAAGAUGGACGUGGACCCGUCGUUCAGCUACCUGGUCCGGCUCUUCUUCGCCGACAUCGUCAGCAAGAGCAUGAACGACCUCUACUUCAACGUGUUCGUCAAUGGCCGCAAGGCCAUCUCCGGGCUGGACCUGUCGACGGUGACCGGCGAGCUGUCGGCGGCGUACUACAAGGACAUCGUGGUGAACUCGUCGAUCGCGACGGACAAGCUGAGCAUCCAGGUGGGGCCGAUGGGGGAGGACACGGGGCGCGUGGACGCGCUGCUCAGCGGCGUGGAGGUGCUCAAGAUGAGCAACUCGGUGGGGAGCCUCGACGGCGAGUUCGGCGUCGACGGGAGGAAGGCCGACGACGGCAGCGGCAGCCGCAAGGCCGUGGCGGCGGUGGGGUUCGCGAUGAUGUUCGGCGCGUUCGCCGGGCUGGGAGCCAUGGCCGUCAAGUGGUACAAGCGGCCGCACGACUGGGAGCGGCGGAACAGCUUCUCGUCGUGGCUGCUCCCCAUCCACACGGGGCAGUCCUUCACCACCAGCAAGGGCGGCUCCAGCAAGAGCGGCUACACCUUCUCCUCCACCAUGGGGCUCGGCCGCUUCUUCACCUUCGCCGAGAUCCAGACGGCGACCAAGAACUUCGAGGAGAGCGCCAUCAUCGGCGUCGGCGGCUUCGGCAACGUGUACGUCGGCGAGAUCGACGACGGCACCAAGGUGGCCAUCAAGCGCGGGAACCCGCAGUCGGAGCAGGGCAUCAACGAGUUCAACACGGAGAUCCAGAUGCUGUCCAAGCUCCGCCACCGCCACCUCGUCUCCCUCAUCGGCUACUGCGACGAGAACGCCGAGAUGAUCCUCGUCUACGAGUACAUGCACAACGGCCCGUUCCGCGACCACAUCUACGGCAAGGACUGGCCGGCGUUGACGUGGAAGCAGCGGCUCGAGAUCUGCAUCGGCGCCGCCCGCGGCCUCCACUACCUGCACACCGGCACGGCGCAGGGCAUCAUCCACCGCGACGUCAAGACCACCAACAUCCUCCUCGACGACAACUUCGUCGCCAAGGUCUCCGACUUCGGCCUCUCCAAGGACGGGCCCGGCAUGAACCAGCUCCACGUCAGCACCGCCGUCAAGGGCAGCUUCGGCUACCUCGACCCGGAGUACUUCCGCUGCCAGCAGCUCACCGACAAGUCCGACGUCUACUCCUUCGGCGUCGUCCUCCUCGAGACGCUGUGCGCGCGGCCGCCCAUCGACCCGCAGCUGCCGCGCGAGCAGGUCAGCCUCGCCGAGUGGGGGAUGCAGUGGAAGCGCAAGGGCCUCAUCGAGAAGAUCAUGGACCCCAAGCUCGCCGGCACCGUCAACCAGGAGUCGCUCAACAAGUUCGCCGAGGCCGCCGAGAAGUGCCUCGCCGAGUUCGGCAGCGACCGGAUCUCCAUGGGCGACGUGCUCUGGAACCUCGAGUACGCGCUCCAGCUGCAGGACGCCAACCCGCCCGAGGGAGCCAACCAGCCCGCCGACGACGACGACGACCGCGCCGCCGCCCCGACCUCCUCCUCCUCCAGCUCCUCCGUCACCGUCGCGCCGCCCGACGCGUCCACCACCGACGCCGGCGAGAUGUUCGCGCAGCUCGCCGACAUGAAGGGGAGGUGAUCGCCCGCAGUUCCAUUAAUCCAGCAGUGCACCGUACCGUAGUUGGCGGUUUCAUCCAGCGCGCGCCACCUGCAUGCAUCGC